AGUUACUUACACACCAAUGUUUUCUGUUUCACGGAGAGUCGUUACUGUUUGUGCUUCUGUACGAAGUACCGCUGCCUUCUCACUGGCUUCCGCAGCUCACCUUAAACAUAAAGCCAACUUCAAGUCGUCAGACUCCACCAUAGAAACCGACGAGAUCAUCUCCGAAAACAAUCCCUGGUCGCCAACACUUUACAACGACGUCGUAUAUGUGCACAAGCCCAAUUCUUUAAGGAGCACUGCACUUCCGGACAACUACCGCUUGUCUUAUCUGGCUCUUUAUGAGGCUCCAGGUGGAAAACACGUAGGGAUGCUCAAACGUUUGACUUUGAGUUUUGCUGUUUUGGGAAUUUACGGCGCCAAAUUGUUCUACGAAUCGACCCAGUUCGAAGAUAUUUAUGCACUUGGGACUUUGGUUGGUACGUUUAUGCCUGCCGCUAUUGUCCAAUACAAGACAAGAGACUAUGUCACGAGAAUCUUUAGACUCUACGACAAAGAAAAGCCCCAAACCUUAGAAAACUUAGUAGGUGAUGAAAAAUUGAUUUGUGAAAAGUUGAAUUUUACCGGCAGCAGAACCGUCAACGAGCUCUUGCAUGUUUCUGGCAACAAGCUGUUACUGUUGCUGAAACAAGCGAGGUUCCCUCUUUUGGCACCGUACUCUACCUGGGAAGAAAUAGACCCAGAAUCCAAUAAAAAAAGGCACUACUUCGUCGUGGACAAUCUCGGAGGUUUGAAGAUGGAUAGAAUAUGGGGAAUAAUAGAAAAAAAUUCGGGUGUCAACAACGGCCGUUUCAUAGAUGAAUCUAAGUAAACUGUGCAUACCUUGUAAAUAGACCAUCACUCUUGCAUCUCUGCUCAAAAGAAAUUCUACAGAGAUAUUCUUGUAGUAUUACUACAAUAUCUACUGAAGUCAUUAGUAGCAUUUAAUAUGCACAUUAUUAUAUAUACUUCUUUCAG